AUGGCAGAACAGACGAGGACCAAAAGCAAGACCAAGACGUCAGAUGGUGACCGCAGCGAGCGUAGUGACCAGGUCGCGGGGUCCAAGUCCAAGAGCCCCAGCCGAGUUCGCCCGAAGAAGGGGAAACCGGAGAAGUCCUCGUCUGCGUCUGCCUCCGCCUCUCUGCCCUCCCCGACUGCCUCGAUUGCGCCGGCGGCCAAGUCGCCUGCUCGGGGUCAAGGACUGCAGCCCAAAGCCGCGAAGCCCGAGGGCGGCUCCAGCUUGGCGCCGCCUGGCCCUCGAGGCGCCUCGGGAGCCUCGGGCUCGGCCACCGGCUCCCGGGUCCGAGCGGCUUCCGCGGAGUCCAACGCGUCCUACGUGUCUGCCGUGUCCCAGCGCCCCGACGUGCAGCUGCAGGCUCCGGCGCCAGAGCCGGAUGAACCCAAUCAGGGCUACAAGCAGCGGCGUGCAGCCGCGCUGGCCCAGCAGAGGUACCGCGAGACCAUGUCCUAUGGCCGUCGACGCCAAAGCGCGAUGGCCCUCAGUGGGGACGGCACCAAAUUCCUGUCUUUUGCGGAAUACAGGAAGGCCAUGUCCUACGCCGCGCGCCGUGGCUCAGCCGUGGCCGCCGAGACUGGUUAG